AUGGCAACUGUGCCGGGAGAGAUAGCGUACCCUCUUGGGAUAAACCUCCGAGAAGGCAUUUUCAUACAGCUUCCAGCUUUCACAGGCCUUUCUGAAGGACACCAUCGCCUUCCUUCAAUUGGCUCUCAUUCCACUUCUGUGAAGUUAGUUGGGGCCCAAGGGCCCCCAAGUGGAGUGAUUGUCACAUCCUCAGCAGGCAGAAUGGGAUCUUCAGCAGGGUGCUGGACAUUACGCAUGUCCUCUCCUCUUGGCCGCGCCGCGGUCUCGUGGUUUCUUGCUAUUUUGAGAGGAAUUCCGGGCGCUGUCUAG